AGUCACAGAUUUAUGGACCUGAAGGUUUGAAGAUGUGCUGUCGCAAAGGGAAGCAAUUCAUUACACACAAUGCUUCCCCUGGUUAAGGAUGCCAUAAGAAGGCAGUCACAAUGAACGGAAACAGAAUACAUGGGAUAGAUUUCUGGCUGCUUUGUCAUAUUGGCAAAACUCUUUCUCACCUGACAGGUCCCACGUGUAUAGGAGGGAGCACUGACUACAACAGGCCCUUUGGAGGGUGAAGGUAUAAGAGGAAGGAGUGUUUGUCCAGUGAUCCCUAUCUGGUGUAAGCAUGUCCAACACCCGACCUGGAGUGACCAUUGUCCACUAGUGACCCUAGUGUUAAUACACCCUAGAGGUCGGCUGUGACACACUGACCUGUUCUUAAUUAUUAAAGGGGUAGCAAGCAGAGAGAAGACCUGUGCUACAGCCGAUCCCUGUACAGGUCACAGGUUACUGGUCAGACUGUGGAAUACAACACCAUGGAGGGUUGGUCAAAUGUACAUAACAUGGACACUGGUCAUUUACAUGGAUGUUGACAGGCUCUGUACAAGAUUCCCCCUGUCUCGUUGGUUUGGCCAGGUAGUAUGAUGGAAGAGCAGGAUGACCAUAUAUUAAACGCAGAGCUGAUGCCGAUUAGCCAAGAUGAAGAUGAUGCCGCGUGUUCUCCUGUUGCUGUUUACGUUGUCAGCCAUGACGAUGGUGUUUAUCGCCAAGUGUGGGCUGUACAUAGACUCUCAGGUGGAUCCCAGAGACAGGUCCCAGCAACAGACCCUCAAAACACGCGAACUCUUCAGUGCUGUUAUCGAGGAAAACGAGAAACGCCACCAGGCCAAAGUUGAAGAACUUGAGGCUAGAAUACAAUCUUUAAAAGCUUCCCUUGUAGAAGAGAGAUGGCAGAAUCAAAAUUUAACAAAACGGGUGCAUAUUCUGGAGGGAGAAAAUGAAACAGUUAGAAAUAUAUCGUUUUCAACUGCAAAUGGUACAAGUUUUGCCAAUUUUAUGAAGCAGAAUUUACAAACUGCAGAGAUACUUCAUGGGGUGGAAAUGAAAUCAGAAUAUGAAGUGUUCUCUUUUAAUAGGUUUACUAUAAAUCGUAUAUUUAUGGUGGAUCCGGGGCUGGGGAAGCGUGUGGUGGAGAAACCUAUUGGGUUUAAGAAGAAGGAUCUCUUGGAGGUUAUAUCAUUUGGUGUGUCUGCAUUAAAUAAGGAAAAGAGUCCAACUGCUCUGAGGAAAUAUACAGCUAGUGAUUUCAUUGAGGGUGUGUUUCGGACAGAACCAACCACUGGUACCCACUACGAGUUGUUUUACAGAAAUAUUGACACAUCUGGAAGUGGUCAGUACUCCAAGGUCAUAGUGAUGCGACCUUUUGGACCUUUGAUUCCGGUCAAAUCUGACUCUAUCAGCACACGACAGAGCUGGAUCAACAUGAUUUUGCCUCUAAAGGGAAGGGUUGACUCCUUUGAACUCUUUAUGCGACAUUUUACAGAGACAUGCAUCAUGAAGGAUGAGAAAGUCUUCCUGACCAUUGUCUACUUUGGCCGGGAAGGCUUAGAACAAGUCCAAAAAAUUGUAGCAUCUACCAUGGCCCAAUUUGAUUUUAAAAACAUAAAAAUUGUGAAUUUGGAUGAGAAAUUUUCUCGUGGACGUGGACUGCAAAUUGGUGCUUUAGAUUGGAAAGGUGGAGAUGUUGUGUUGUUUAUGUGUGACGUUGAUAUAGUAUUCACAGUUGACUUCCUCGAACGAUGUCGGCUCAACACAGAGCGGAGAAAACGGGUCUAUUACCCUAUUGUGUUCAGUUUAUAUAACCCACAUGUUGUGUAUUCACUUCACGAUCAAAUUAUCCCCCCUGAAAAGGACCAACUCAUGAUAUCAAAACAAACUGGCUUUUGGCGGGACUUCGGUUAUGGAAUGACUUGUCAAUUCCGUUCAGAUUUCAUGAAGAUCAAAGGUUUUGAUGAACAUAUUACUGGAUGGGGAGGAGAGGAUGUGGCCUUAUACAAGAAAUAUGUACGUAGUGAGUACAUUGUGGUACGAGCUACAGAUCCUGGGAUAUUUCACUUAUGGCAUGAGAAAGUGUGUGAUCCAAACCUUAGUUCUGACCAGUAUCAGGGCUGUAUCAGGUCCAAGGCCCUGAAUGAGGCAUCUCAUGCUCAGCUUGGUCUUUUGGCCUUUAAGGAUGAGGUGGAUAUUCACCGUGGUUAUAAACGAAGAAUGGGGGAACGGGUCUCCUCAUAUCUGUCUAAACAAAAGUGAUUUUUUUUCUCUAAAAUAUGAAAUUCUAUAAUUUUCAUGCUCAUCUUAUAACCAACAGUGUUUUUAUCUGUUGAGGUUUGUCUCGCUCUGGAAUAAUGGAUAAUGACUGAUGCUUUGAAUUCAGCUACAAAACUUCUUCAUUUGGUUAGUUAGAUUAAAGAUUUAAAUGAGAAUGGUUGAUAUGGUGGGUAAUGUGACAUUGUAUCAAAUCUGUUACCAUUUUAAUAGCUUAAUUAAUGACAUCUAUUUUUCAUAAUAAUUUUGCAUUUGGAAAAUAAUUUGCAAGAAUUUUGUCAUCAAAAUAUGUUUUAUUCAUAAAAAUUCUGUGUAUUCAAAUUUUGCAACUUCUUUUUAAGUUUUUACAUGGGAAAUCAUUGUUUGUAUUUAAAUUCUGUUCAUUUGCAUAUAUUAAGAGGCAGCUGGAUUUUAAAUGGUACAAUGCAAUUUGCAUUGUGGAUUGCCUAAUUGAUAUUAUUUACUGUAAAUGGGGUCAGAAUUCCUUCGAGCCUCACAAUUUUCAUUAUCAUAAUAGUUAGUGGUCCUUUAAGUUGAUCUACACUACUUGAGGACAAAGUUUAGUUGGUCGAGUUGUUUAAUACAUCAUCAUUUUUGUUUUACUGAGGAACCUUGUUAGUCUGUUAGUAGUUCCAUUAUGAAAAAAGUUUUCUUAAGAAAUGAAUUGAGAAUAUCAAAAUUAUUUCCCAUUUUAGAUCCAGUUAUUUUUAUGAAAUAAAUUUCAAUGUUUAAUUUAAUAAUAAUGUUGUAUAUAAGAAAAUGGAUUUAGAAAAAAAUUCAGCAAUUGAAAACGGAUUGUUUUAUUAUAUUUCUGAUUAGGACACCAAAGCUCAUAUUACAUGUCCAAAAAGAGUCAUUUCAGUACACCACAUAAUGGUCUCAAAGAGUAACAAAACAAAUUUUACACACAGGAACAAGGUCUAGUUGAUUUAAGCUUGAUUUACAAGGUUCUUCUGUACAAUAAACAAUUUGACCAUUACCUUUUUUACAAUAGCUCUCAGUGCAUUAGUAAUUUACGAAAACAAAGUAGCAUUAGAAUCAAAAUCUUCCUCUAUUUGACCUGUAUUUAUGUGAUAAAUCUUAAGUGCUAUGUAUAUAACAGUGAUUGAUUGGUUGUAUUUUGACCAAUUAGAAUUAUGUUUAAAACUUUCAUAUUUAAUGUCUAUUUGUCCUUAAUUGCCAUGUUUAUAAGUCCCAGAUCAAAUGAUAUUUAUGGAAAUUUAAACAUUCCAUGUCAUUUCUGUACUGUCAACUCAACAAUACAGUUCUAUUAUCAAUUAGCAAUGACCCUCUAAACAAUUGACAAAUCAGCAUUGACUUCACAUAUACUUGACCAAUCAACACAGACUUUACAACAGUGCUUGGUCUGUUCAUUAGUUUUUCAUAUUAAUCAUUCUAUGUUUACUGUUUCAGUGACAUUUGAUUAUUUGAUAUUGGAACUGUUGCAUUUGACCUCAAUAUAGUGACUACCUGUGUAUGAAAUUGUUAUGGCAUGUUGGAACCUGUCAAUUAUGACCAUACUUUUUUUUAUAAUUUUAUCAUGACAACUUAACAUGUUUAUCUGACAAAAAGCCUGGUACAAGGUAGACACAGCUAGGUCUUGUGUAUGAUGGCAUGUGAACACUUUGUAUUCUGAAUCCAUUACUAUUGACCUGUGAUACUUAACUUUUAGAUCCGGCCUAUAACGACCACCUCUAUAUGAUGAAACCUGGCUAAUCUGAAUUCCCUUUUAUUGUUAGAUCUCAGCCUACCUAAAUUCUUGACUUGGCCUGCAGGAUCAUGAAAAAAAUUGAAAAUUAAGGUUUUGCUUAGCCGAUCAUGCAGGGCCUCGUGUUACAUUAUCUGUUAUUGGCUAAGUCAAAACUUAGACAAUUUUAAACUGAACUUAGACAAUUUUAAACUGAAGUUUGUCUCAUGAUCUUGGAACCAAAUCCAACAAUGCAUGGAAUUAAAUAAAAUUUGAAGUGAAACCUGUGAUAUAAAUACAUUUUAAGAGUUUGCUUCCUCUUGGCUGUAUGUAGAUAGGUCACCAUCUUUCCCCUUCCAGCCCUGCUGAUGAAGGCUGCUAUAGACAUGUCAUAAUUGGUACUACAGAGACAUGUACCUUGUUCUAGAUCAUGCAAUGUAUUAGUUCAAGCCAUUUGUGUACAAGGUUACAGAAUCAGUUUGUUAGUACUGAUUCUCCUUCAUUGGUUUCUAUGUAUAAAUGCAUGUAUAUGGUUCAUAUAUACUAGUUCAGAUGCGUGUCCAUGUGUUUUAGCUCAGGUGUUCUAGCUCUUAACCAAAUACUUUCAUCCAGUCUUCGGUUCACAUGGCCUUUAGAAGUUCAUGAGUACUAGUCCACACCUUCAUGUAUAUGCUAGUUGAUAGUUGUCGACAUAAAUGCAUGCCAAGGAAAGCAUUAGUAUGAGAUUGUACACAUGCCUUAGAGAGAUAGAGAGAAAUAGAGAGAGAGAUGAGUAAAUGGAUGACACCUGUUUUGGAGAAUUGUAAUUGAAACUGCGUGAUUGUAAUUAAUGUAAGUGGAUAAAACAAUGUUUUUUUUUACAAUGUAAGCAUUUUUGAUGAUUUUUGACGAGAGCAAUUUUGAUUUGUUAUUUUAGAAAAAAAUAAAAGUAGAACGAA